AUGUCACCUGAGGCAUCUGCACUUGCUGCUGCUAUUAGAGAGGAGGAGUUAGAGUUUAUUCAGGAUAUCACUACAGAUGUACUUAACAAAUUGGGAAGAUUUAGUCAUAGCAUAGCCAAGGAUUUUGUUGGAAUGGAUUCACGAUUAGAGAAAAUGAGAUUGUGUAUCAAUAUAAAGGAGCUAAAUAAUGUCAAAACGGUAGGUAUUUGUGGGAUGGGUGGCAUUGGAAAAACAACUUUUGCUAGUGUCACCUACAAGGAAAUGCAAUGCCAAUUUGAGGGUGGUACUUUUCUUGUGGGUGUUAGAGAAACUUCAAGAAAAUAUGGUUUGCUCACUUUACAAAGACGACUUUUAUGUGCAACAUUGAUGGAAAGAGAUAUAGAUGUGUACGAUGUAUACAAUGGAGUUUAUCACAUAAAAAAUAGGCUAUCUCGGAAGAAGGUUUUGGUCAUUCUUGACGAUGUUGAUGAGUUGGAGCAAUUAGAAUUAUUAGUUGGAAAAAAAGAUGAAAACUGGUUUGGAGUUGGAAGUAGAAUCAUAAUAACGACAAGGGAUGAACAUUUGUUGAUCCAAAAUGAAGUAGAUCAAAUAUAUAGGGUUGAAGAGUUAAAUCAUCAUGAGGCCCUUCAACUCUUUUGCUUAAAAGCCUUUAAGAAGGAUUGUCCACCACAAGAUUACAUGGAGCUAUCCAACAAAGCUGUAAACUAUGCAGGUGGCCUCCCAUUAGCGCUUAAUGUUUUGGGUUCCUCCUUGUAUGCUAGAUCUAUGAAAGAAUGGAACAGUGCAUUGAAGAGGUUGAAAGAAAUUCCCAAUGAAAAAAUUCUAAGUAAGCUUGACAUAAGUUUUGAUGGAUUGGAGGAAAUACAAAAAAAAAUAUUUCUUGACAUCGCUUGCUUUUUCAAAGGAAAAAUGAAACGUUAUGUGAUGAAAGUAAUGGAAAGUGGUGGAUUAUACCCAGAUAUUGGUAUAAGGGAGCUAAUUGAUAAAUCUCUCAUAACUAUUUCAGACAACCGUGUGUGGAUGCAUGAUUUGCUUGAAGAAAUGGGUCAAGAAAUUGUUCAUCGAGAAUGUCGAGAAGAGCCUGGUCGACGUAGCAGACUAUGGCUUUAUAAGGAUGUCUGUCACAUCUUAAUGAAUGAUACGGGAACAAAUCUAAUUGAAGGUGUAGUCCUGGAUUAUAUGUUUGAUCAAGGAGACAGAUACAUGAGUUCUAAAGCCUUCUUGAAGAUGAAAGCUCUCAGAUAG